CGGUUCUAUUCCUCAUCAAUGGAGGGACACGGCAAACAAUAUGCCAUGCUUAGGCUGGGCUCGUGUGCACAAUUGUGUCCUCUGCCAGCAGCCACAGAAAUGUGCUGCCACCUUACAGCAGAUGCAGGGCUGUGCUAUUAAUUCCUAAUAGAGAAAGAUCCAACAAUGGGAGAACAAUCUGCAGAGGACGCGUCUGAUCUGCUUCGCCUUAAUGUGGGGGGCUGCUUGUUUACCGCUAGACGACAAUCUCUCUGCCGCUUCAAAGAUUCAAUGUUGGCAGCUAUGUUCAGUGGCCGCUUUCCUUUAAAUCUUGACAAAUCCGGUUUUUGCCUUAUUGAUAGAAACGGUGACCUGUUUAGAUACAUCCUAGACUACUUACAUGGGGAAAUACAAAUCCCAAGUGAUGAACAAACCAGAAUUGCUCUACAAGAGGAGGCAGAUUACUUUGGAAUUCCCUUCCCAUACAGUCUUACUGAACAUUUGGCCAAUGAAAUGGAGACUCAUUCUUCUGACUCAAAUUUAGAACUUAAAAAGGUUUUGUUUGACUUCUGUGAUUCUUAUGGCCUUAUAUGCACAAAGCCUACAGUGUGGGUGUUGCAUUACUUACACACGUGUGGCUCAAGCUGUGAAAGUAGGAUCAUUGGCAUCUAUGCAACCAGAGAAGAUGGAGAUUCCGCUCUACGGAAACAACUGGGGAACCGAAUCGAUCAUAAACAUAUGUACAAAAGGGAAGCUGGUGGUAAUAUUCAGUACAUUUUGAGCUACUACAGUGUAUCUGAGCUGAAGUCCAUGAUGGAUGCUUUUGAAACCUGGGAAGGAAGAGGAUUCAGCUACUGGAGGGUUCCUCAAGAAUUAAUUGAGUGCUGGACACUAGAAGAACGAUCAAUACAAGGCGAUCCAGGCAAUAUAACACCAGUGAGGACUAGGAAAUGUAUCAAUCUCACGGAAGAGAAAGAAGACACUGCCGUAACAUCCAAGACUAGUAUAAAGCCUAUCCGGUUUUGUGGGCCAUCUACAAACACUCGUAUUCGGGUAAAGAAAUCAACCUCCGAUGACUGUCCAGAGUCUUCAAACAGUACAGGUUCAAAAAGACCAAGUGACUGUCCUGUAGAAUCAGGAAGAGUUAAAACAAAACUUAGACUGUUGACUAGUGAAAGUAAUGAGGAAAAACCUUCAACCCCACAAUCUAAAUCUAGUGGUAGCAAAGAGGGAGGAGGUCAGGAUGACUCUAAACCUUCAAACUCAAGAAAGCCAGCUUUUAGUCGUGCAAUACGUCUAAAGAGAUCAUCUCUGGGACUGAUGUCUGUAAAUGAACUUCCAACACUAAAUGAAACAAAACAACAAAAUCCCUCAACUCCUCCCUGAUAAAAAAAAACAAAUCCAUAUUGAUAUAGAUGAAUUGAUAUAAUGUGUGACAUUUUUUUUAAGCAUAAAUGCACCGCGAACAUGUGAAAACUCCUGCGUUACCCGAACGUGUUUCUUAACAAUACAGUGCUGUAGUUUUACAUGCAACUUAUAUAUAACACCAAUACAUAAAGUUGCGUAAAUUAUUAACAGUGUGAACAACAGUGCCAACUUUUAUGUUCAGUCCAUCCAAGCUCCAAAUUAUAGAGAC